GUUGAACAAAUCCUGGCAGAAUUUAAGGUCAGAGCUCUGGAAUGUCAUCCUGACAAGCAUCCUGAAAACUCCAAAGCUGUGGAGACUUUCCAGAAACUUCAGAAGGCAAAGGAGAUUCUGACCAAUGAAAAGAGCAGAGCUCGCUAUGAUCACUGGCGGAGGAGCCAGAUAUCACUGCCAUUCCAGCAGUGGGACGCUUUGGCUGACUCAGUGAAAACGUCAAUGCACUGGACUGUCAGAGGUAAAAAAGACCUGAUGCUGGAAGAAUCUGACCAGACUCAUACCAACAGGAUGAAAAAUGAGGAAUGGAAUGAGCAAAGAGAAAUAAAGAAAGAGAAUCUGGAUUCAACCACAGAGAAAAUGAAUCAAAAACAAUCGGAGUCCUUGGAGAAGUCAGUCUCCCCACAAAAUCUAGAUUCACCAAACUUCUCAGACGUGAAUUAUGGGCACCUCCGUUUCCGCUGGUCUGGGGAUGCUCCUUCAGAACUCCUCAGGAAGUUCAGAAACUACGAGAUAUGAAGAGUUCCCGCCCUGUUGCCUGUGCUGCUAACACAUUGUCCUUGUUCACAUCUUAAAAAUGCCAUGUUUGAGCUGGACAUGUUGGUGCAGGCUGUAAUCCCAGCACUUGGGAAGCUGAGGCAGUUCGGGCUGCAUGGUGAGACCUUGUCUCAAAAAAAAACAAAAAAACGUCAUGUUUGUGAAUUGUUGAGUGUGAUUAAUUCCUCCAUCAUCUUUGAGCCUAUUCUUACAAUGUAUUUUUUGUUUUGCUUUUUGCUGGGGAUCAAACCCAGGACCUUGUGUACACCCUGCUAUCUGCCC